ACGGCUCCACCCCCCAUGGCCUCGCUGUCCGCCGUGCUGCUGCAGCGCUCCUCCUCGCGCGCCCGAGAAUAUUUACAGCUCCAGCGCACCGCUGGCGGCACAGUUGCGCUGCAUUUGGAGAGGCUGCACUGCUGGUGGUGUUGCUGUUGCAGCGGCGGCGGGAGGUUUGGCGCGAGAGCGGCGCACGGUAUGGCGGCAUCAGGGGAGGGGAACAACCACAACGGCGUCGUGACCGGCGGCGUGGGGGACGCCUACGGCGAGGACCGCGCCACCGAGGACCAGCCAGUCACGCCGUGGGCCGUCUGCGUCGCAAGUGGCCACUCCCUGCUGAGGGAUCCAAGGCACAACAAGGGGCUCUCCUUCACGGAGAAAGAGCGGGACGCGCACUACCUGAGAGGAUUGUUGCCUCCGGUAGUGCUAUCGCAGGAUCUCCAGGAGAAGAGGCUGCUGCAGAAUGUUCGGCAGUUCGAGGUCCCGUUGCAGCGUUACAUGGCCUUAAUGGACCUUCAGGAGAGAAAUGAGAGACUAUUUUACAAGCUCCUGAUCGACAAUGUGGAAGAAUUGCUUCCUGUUGUGUAUACACCAACCGUGGGGGAGGCUUGCCAGAAGUAUGGGUCGAUCUUCAGACGACCCCAGGGUUUAUACAUCAGCCUCAAAGAGAAGGGGAGGAUAUUGGAGGUAUUGAGGAAUUGGCCAGAGAAGAGUAUUCAAGUUAUUGUCGUUACUGAUGGUGAGAGAAUUUUAGGCCUGGGAGAUCUCGGCUGCCAGGGCAUGGGAAUUCCUGUGGGGAAACUUGCACUGUAUACUGCGCUUGGAGGUGUCCGGCCCUCCGCUUGCUUGCCUAUCACCAUUGAUGUGGGAACAAAUAAUGAAGAUCUACUAAAGGAUGAGUUCUACAUUGGAUUAAAGCAAAGAAGAGCGACUGGCCAGGAAUACUCUGAACUUCUGGAUGAGUUCAUGACAGCAGUUAGGCAGAACUAUGGACAGAAGGUUCUUGUCCAGUUUGAGGACUUUGCGAACCACAAUGCAUUUACACUUCUUGAGAAGUACAGGGCAAACCAUCUUGUAUUUAAUGAUGAUAUCCAGGGAACUGCUGCGGUAGUACUUGCAGGGCUUAUUGCUGCUCUGAAGUCUGUUGGUGGCACUCUAGCCGAUCAUACAUUCCUGUUCUUUGGUGCAGGAGAGGCUGGUACAGGCAUCGCUGAACUAGUUGCUCUGGAGAUAUCCAAACAGGGAAAGGUCUCAGUAGAAGAGGCUCGGCAAAAGAUCUGGCUUGUUGAUUCAAAGGGACUGAUUGUGGCCUCACGUAAUGAGACUCUUCAGCCGUUCAAGAAACGAUACGCACAUGAGCAUGAACCCGUUAAGGAUCUCUUGGAUGCUGUCAAGGCCAUUAGACCAACCGCGCUAAUAGGAUCAGCUGGUGUGGGUCGAAGUUUCACAAAAGAGGUGAUUGAGGCUAUGUCUUCGAUUAAUGAGAGACCCAUCAUCCUCGCUCUAUCAAACCCAACGUCACAGUCUGAAUGUACUGCUGAAGAGGCAUAUACCUGGAGUCAGGGCCGUGCAAUAUUUGGGAGUGGAAGCCCGUUUGACCCGGUGAAGUAUAAUGACAAGCUGUUUGUGCCUGCCCAGGCAAACAAUGCAUACAUUUUCCCGGGAUUCGGUCUAGGUGUGGUCAUCUCGGGAGCGGUCCGGGUGACAGACGAUAUGGUCCUUGCUGCUGCUGAAGGACUAGCUGACCAGGUAACCCCCGAGCAUAUUGACAAAGGCCUCAUCUACCCACCCUUUUCCAUCAUCAGGAAGAUAUCAGCCAACAUCGCUGCCCGCGUUGCCGCAAAAGCCUACGACCUCGGGUUGGCUAGCCAGCUCCCUCGCCCAAAGGACCUCGUGAAGUACGCUGAGAGCUGCAUGUACAGCCCUGUUUACCGAUCUUACAGAUGAAGGACGAUAAUGCUGAGUUGCAGAUAUUGGACGAACUCUAGACAACUCCACUUGAGGAAGUGCAUAUGCCUAUUACCGUGGCCACUAUUGUUGAGCCACUAUGGUUCCCUACGAUCAUCGUGUAAAAUGUCUGGUAAAGUUCGGUAGUAAAGAGCCCAUUCAGCCUGUUCAUAUGUUCAUGUAGUCGUGUAAUAAAGUUCAUGAGGCUGUAAAGCAUAUUCCUACGAAGCAUAUGCGAGCGUAUGUGACAUGAGUUUUUGUUUU